AUGGUCGACCCAGAAUCACAAAGACGACCUCUCUACCAACAGGACGCGUAUACUCCAUGGGAUGAUGAUGUGGCGAUGAACGAGUUGGCACAGGCAAAACGCGUGUCUGACAUCGCAAAGGCCUUGUUAAGACUAUUGGCCAAGGAACUUCAGUCCUGCCAGCCACCUCACUCAGCUCAUAUCCAUCUUAGCGGAUUCAGUCAGCCCGAAAUUGAUACUCUGAUCUCACUAUGUAGCCACAAUGGCUCAGUGAGAUGGCAUCGCGUCUCCUGGAGCAAUCAGAGUCACAAGGAUCUUCCAAGAAUGGGAUUGGAAGAUCGGAGGCAAAACAUUUGUACAAUUCUGAAGCGGUCCUGCAAAUUCAAAAGGCACCUGCGCAUUCAAGUAUCCCAUGAUGGCUCAUGGCAUCCAAUAGACGCUCCAGGCGGUCGCCUGAAAGACAUUGCUAUGGCUCCAACCCUGAAGUUAGAGGAGCUGCUCCAUGCAAAGGGUGGAUCAAGAUCUUCUUCUAUCAGGUUGUUGAAGAAGGAUAGGCUAAUCUUAGCCAAAUCAAUCACGAGAUCCUUGUUUUAUCUCAUUGGGAGUCCGCUUUUGUCGGAGGUGUGGAAAACUGAGGCCAUCUACGUCGCCCAACCUCAUGACCCACGGACCGAUAUUUACAAACCUUACGUUGUACGAGAGAUCACCAAAGAGAUGAUGCUGAAAGAGAUCGGGGGCUCAGCAUUUGUGCUUCAUCUAGCAGUCAUCCUCUGGGAGUUGUUAUUCGGCCGAAGAAUUGUAAUUUUACCAGAAGACGAAGAGCAUGAUGGCGAGGAUGAGAACAUAUCACUGUUCAACGCCCUCGGCCGUGAAGAGUGCGAUUUACGGGAAUCUUGUAUCGAGAAACCUUUCCUGGACAUCAUAGCCAACUGUCUUGAUCUCUACCCCGAGAAUGAGUUGGAUGAUCAGGAGUUGCGAAGCAAGGUGUACUGGAACAUUUUGAAGCCGCUCCAGACCUAUGUUGAGGCUUACCAGCCUGAUAUACCAGCAGCAAGUGCCUAUCACACAGCCUCUCGACUAUCUCAGAAGUACGAGGACAAAACAACGAGGGAGAGUUCUCGAACACGCACCUCGUUACUUGGACCAUCUGCAGCACACGAUCCUUAUCCCUCCAUCAAGAGCAAGGUGCACUUUAUCAACAAGCGCUUGGCUUAUUGUGGCGAUGCCCACAAGAUCAAUUGGACGCCAAGAGACCUUCGGUCCUUAUCAGAGGAGCCUGGACCCGAUGCCAAUGGGAGGUUUCCGCCUUAUGUGUUGCCUCAGAUGCUAUCCAGUGAAACAACCUCGACUCCGUCUCUAAGGCGUCUCAAGCAUGAUGACUACAGGAUUGGCAUAGUAUGCGCGCUUGCCAAGGAGCACCUAGCAGUUCGGUCACUCUUCGAUGAGAAACACCAGCAUCUCGAGAUUCCUCUAGGAGAUACAAAUCAAUAUGCCUUGGGUCGCCUGGCUCAUCACAAUGUUGUUACUGCCUGUCUGCCGGCGGGAAACUACGGCACAAGCCCCGCGGCUCAGAUCAUGACCAACAUGAAAAGGACCUUUACUUCAGUGGAACACUACCUUUUAGUGGGGAUUGGCGGCGGAGUGCCAACCAAAGAAAAUGAUAUACGCCUUGGAGAUGUGGUGGUGAGCCUUCCAGAAGGAGGUUUUCCGGGAGUCAUCCAGUACGACCGUGGGAAGGAUGUCGAAAACGGCGACUUCGAACAAACUGGUGCUUUACCACCUCCUCCACAUGCAUUACUGAAUGUCAUAAGCGACCUGCGAUCUGAUCCGGAUCUCCCUUCUGACCCUCUGCAACCGCAUAUCAAGAGAAUAUCAGACCUUCGGCCGGAGUACGGACACCCAGGAGCAGGGAAGGACAAGCUUUUACAAGUUGAGGCUGUCUCUUUAAAUGGUUCAACUCAGAAAAACGAUGGGUGGCAUAAUAGUCACGCAGUCGAAAUCAGGAGUCAGCCAAAGAUCCACUACGGGUUGAUCGCAUCAGGAAACCAAGUCAAAAAGAAUCCGGCGUCGAGAGACCGCCUGGGUCAGAAAUACAAUGCGCUUUGCGUCGAGAUGGAGGCGGCUGGGAUAGCGAGUGUUACCCAGUGCCUUGUCAUCCGGGGCAUAUGUGACUAUGCAGACUCGGACAAGAACAAAGUCUGGCAGGAGUAUGCGUCUGCUACUGCUGCAGCUUAUGCUAAGCUGCUUCUCUCCAAUCUGAGACGUCAAGCCUGA